GUUCAUUCCACUUCAACCAAACCAAACUAAACCAAACGCCAAAAAUAACUCUUCUCGAGUCAUAAUAACAUUCAUUACAGCUCUCUAUUUCUCCCUUGAUUCAAAACCCUAAACAAGUAAUAAAGAUCUCUCACUCUUCUAUCUCUGCAACAAAAAAGGGUUUUUAGGUUUUGAGUAAAAGAAACAUAAAGAAUAUAGUCUCGAGUCUCGACCUAGUUUUAUGGAUCAACAAGGGCAUGGGCAGCCCCCCGUCAUGGGGGUACCGCAAAUGCCAUAUGGUGCAAACCCAUAUCAGGCUAAUCAAAUGGUUGGGAGUACCCAGUCGGGAUCAAUUCCCACUUCAGGAGGAUCCACCCAAUCCCCUGGUCAAACAACAGGGUUUGCUGCUUCUCCUUCUCAACUCGCACAACAUCAACAACUUGCUUAUCAACAUAUCCACAUCCAGCAGCAACAGCAACUACAGCAACAACUCCAAACUUUUUGGGCAAACCAGUUUCAAGAAAUUGAACAGACUACUGAUUUCAAGAAUCACAGCCUGCCAUUGGCUAGGAUAAAGAAGAUCAUGAAGGCAGAUGAGGAUGUUAGGAUGAUCUCGGCAGAGGCUCCCGUUAUAUUUGCCAGGGCCUGCGAAAUGUUCAUUCUGGAGUUAACACUUCGCUCUUGGAACCACACUGAAGAGAACAAGAGGAGGACGCUUCAAAAAAAUGACAUUGCAGCAGCAAUUACAAGGACCGAUAUCUUUGAUUUCCUUGUUGAUAUCGUGCCGAGAGAGGAUUUAAAAGAUGAAGUCCUUGGCUCAAUUCCGAGAGGAGGGACAAUGCCUGUUGGAGGGCCAGCAGAUGCACUUCCAUAUUACUAUAUGAAUGCUCCACAGGUAGGUACUCCCGGGAUGAUCAUGGGUAAACCUGUUGACCAAGCUAUGUAUGCUCAACCUGCCCAUCCUUACAUGUGGCCCCAGCCUCCACAACAACAGCAACCACCUUCAGAUUCUUGACUUGCAGAGGUGGACGGUGGCCAUAAAAUUCAGAGAACAAACCUGGUUUUGCAGAAUCUUGAGCAGUUUGUACUUGUGAAUGUGGCUGAACCGAGAGUUGCUAUCGUAAAAAUAGUAUUUGUGCAGUAAAAGGGAAGUAAGCUGAUUCUUAUGGUGAAGAAGCCCUAAUACCUCUUCUGUAAGGUAAUGGUAUGGGAGGUGGCUGUUCAGACUUAUUCCCUUCUUCUUUUUGUCUGUUUUACUUUUGUGUUCUUAGAGAAAAGGCUUUCUCCUCUGUUGAUGCAAUGUAGUUGGAAACAAGAAUUAGAAAAAGAAAAUAUUGCUUACGCCUUGGUGAAUAUUGCUUACACCUUUCACCAAGGACAGUUUGAAUAUUUUUUUGUUUCGACAUUGGUAUGAAAAUAUCUAAUCUUUAUCUUAUGAUUUUUAACAUGAACAUUAUGCAAAUACAUGGCAUCUGGAGC